UUCUCCCUUUUACUCACCAUGUUCCCUUAGUCUCUCUAUUUCCUCUCUAUUUCUCUCUGUCCCUAUCUCUCUCUCUCUCUCUCUCUCUCCUCUCCAAUUCCUUUCAGAUCUCUUCCAUUGAUCCUCCAAUGGAAGAUCAACCCAUUCCUCAGAGGACCCAACAAUCAUCUUCCAGGCCUUCUCCUUCUCCUUCUUCUUCCUCCAAUUCCUCAUCCUCCCACCUCAAUUUGCCCCCUUCAAUGUCCCGAGCCCCUCAUUCUCUUGAAACCCUAACCCCAUCUCGCCAAAUUGACCGCAUGAUCAAUAUUAAUCACCAUUUGUCGCCUUCCAGAGCUAUCUACUCCGAUAGGUUCAUUCCCAGUAGAUCUGGUUCCAAUUUUGCCUUCUUUGAUAUUUCCCCUGUCUCCAAUUCCCACUCCGAUGCUCGGGAAGAUACUUCCUCUGCCUACGUUACCCUUCUUCGCACCGCUUUGUUUGGCCCUGAUGCUGGAGUAGUUCCUCCUGCUACUCCCGAGAAGAGAACCUCCCCAAUGUCCCUUCCCAAUCAUAAUAUUUUUCGCUACAAGACGGAGACCAGGAGGUCAAUGCACUCCCUCUCGCCUUUUGGCUUUGAUAAUGCAGCUCCUGGGAUUAAUCCUAGUCCGGUUAAGACUCCACGGAAGGUUCCUCGAUCGCCUUAUAAGGUCUUGGAUGCACCUGCUUUGCAAGAUGAUUUUUAUCUGAAUCUUGUGGAUUGGUCUUCGCAUAAUGUCCUGGCUGUUGGGUUGGGUAAUUGUGUUUAUCUCUGGAAUGCUUGUAGUAGCAAGGUCACCAAGUUAUGUGACUUGGGAAUUGAUGACAGUGUGUGUUCAGUAGGCUGGGCACAGCGUGGAACUCAUCUUGCUGUUGGCACUAGCAAUGGGAAAGUACAGAUUUGGGAUGCAUCACGCUGUAAAAGGAUCAGGACCAUGGAGGGCCAUCGAUUACGAAUUGGGGCCUUAGCUUGGAGCUCAUCUCUUUUAUCAUCUGGUAGCCGGGACAAGAGCAUUCUUCAGAGAGAUAUUCGGGCUCAGGAUGAUUUUGUGUCUAAACUUUCUGGCCAUAAAUCAGAGGUUUGUGGAUUGAAAUGGUCAUACGACAACCGUGAAUUAGCAUCAGGAGGGAAUGAUAACAGAUUAUUUGUUUGGAAUCAACAUUCAACCCAACCAGUACUUAAAUUUUAUGAGCACACAGCUGCUGUAAAAGCUAUAGCAUGGUCUCCUCAUCUUCAUGGACUACUUGCAUCAGGAGGUGGAACCGCAGAUCGAUGUAUUCGUUUUUGGAACACCACCACUAAUACACACUUGAGCUGCAUGGAUACUGGAAGUCAGGUAUGCAAUCUGGCAUGGUCUAAGAAUGUUAAUGAACUUGUUAGUACUCAUGGAUUCUCCCAAAACCAAAUAAUAGUCUGGAGAUAUCCAACUAUGUCCAAGUUGGCAACACUGACUGGCCAUACAUUCAGAGUUCUUUAUCUUGCUAUAUCCCCUGAUGGACAGACCAUUGUAACAGGAGCUGGUGAUGAAACUCUAAGAUUUUGGAAUGUCUUCCCCUCGCCAAAAUCUCAGAACACAGAGAAUGAAAUCGGAGCGUCCUUCCUUGGACGAACCACAAUUCGUUAACGGUCGAGGAAUCGUUCGGUCAGCACUUAUAACACAUACCCUUCAAAUUUCUUGCACCAUCUUUUUUUGAGGAAUAAAGACAAGGAUUUUGUCACACUGGUUUAAAAAGAUUCAAAGUGAAGAACUUAACCAAAUCUGGUCUGCAAUAGCCAGAAA